CUCGCCGGCCCCGGCCCCGCCCCCUGCCUCUGGCCGCUCGGAUCAGCUUCCAGUGCGGUCGGCCCGGCCCGGGGGCCAUGGAGCUCCGAGCAGCGGAUCGCGAGCCUCCUGCGAACCCCAGCCUGCACGCCCGGUUAGCACCCGGCCGGGAGAUGCGGCAGUGGAAUCUGGAAGGGCGGUGAAAAUCCCACGUCCUGCCCUCCCCCGGCCUCUCCAUUCGUCCCCCGGGUAGAGAGGUGCCUGGCUCCCACCCCUUCCCAGCCCCAGCCCUGGAGACAGCAGCCCCUAGACUACCGAGGGACAGCGACAGCAUGAAGGCUCCGGGUCGGCUCGUGCUCAUCAUCCUGUGCUCUGUGGUCUUCUCUGCCAUCUACAUCCUCCUGUGCUGCUGGGCCGGCCUGCCCCUCUGUCUGGCCACCUGCCUGGACCACCACUUUUCUACAGACUCCAGACCCACCGUGCCGGGCCCCUUGCACUUCAGUGGAUAUAGCAGUGUGCCAGAUGGGAAGCCGCUGGUCCGCGAGCCCUGCCGCAGCUGUGCUGUGGUGUCCAGCUCCGGCCAGAUGCUGGGCUCAGGCCUGGGUGCUGAGAUCGAUGGUGCCGAGUGCGUGUUCCGCAUGAACCAGGCGCCCACCGUGGGCUUUGAGGCGGACGUGGGCCAGCGCAGUACCCUGCGUGUCAUCUCACACACAAGCGUGCCGCUGCUGCUGCGCAACUACUCACACUACUUCCAGAAGGCCCGAGACACGCUCUAUGUGGUGUGGGGCCAGGGCAGGCACAUGGACCGGGUGCUCGGCGGCCGCACCUACCGCACGCUGCUGCAGCUCACCAGGAUGUACCCCGGCCUGCAGGUAUACACCUUCACUGAGCGCAUGAUGGCCUACUGCGACCAAAUCUUCCAGGACGAGACGGGCAAGAACCGGAGGCAGUCGGGCUCCUUCCUCAGCACCGGCUGGUUCACCAUGAUCCUCGCGCUGGAGCUGUGUGAGGAGAUCGUGGUCUAUGGGAUGGUCAGCGACAGCUACUGCAGGGAGAAGAGCCACCCCUCAGUGCCUUACCACUACUUCGAGAAGGGCCGACUGGAUGAAUGUCAGAUGUACCUGGCACACGAGCAGGCGCCCCGAAGCGCCCACCGCUUCAUCACUGAGAAGGCAGUCUUCUCCCGCUGGGCCAAGAAGAGGCCCAUCGUGUUUGCCCAUCCGUCCUGGAGGACUGAGUAGCCUCCGUCGCCCUGCCAGCCGCCAUGCUGUUGGGAGGCCUCUGGGAUGUCCCAUCCCAGGCCAUCACACUCCACAAAAACAUUUAAUUUAUGGAUCCUGCCUUCUGCCACGUGCUGGGUGGAGUGCCCCACUCUGGCGACACUUGGAGCCAUCUCAGGCCUCAUGACUUGAAGGGGAGUGGAGCGAGGAGCAGUGUCUCCACCUCUAGUCCCUGAGUAAUUCAUGGCAUUUGGGGACUCACCCCACCUCCAGGUCUGUCAAGUGGCCUUUGUCCCUGGGGCUGAUGGCCCGCUACUCACCAGCAUCAUGACCUUGUGCCAGUCCUGCUCCUUCCUCCCCAGCCACCCCUACUACCUUUUGGUGCCACACUUCUGAGGCCGGCCGCCCUGGUUGGGGCAGCCAAGAGCCUAGGGUUCGUUGGGUGAAGGGGCCUUGGAGUUGUGACUGCUGGGGCCGUAUCAGGAACGUACGGGUAAACGUGUGUUUUCUGGA